AUCAUGUUGGGAUGUAUGCUGAUCCAUAGUUCUGCAUUAAUAGCUUGUAUGACAUCACCCCAGCUACCCUCUAGUAGAGUCUAUAGCACCUUUAUCCUGUGCACCAGUUAUCAGAAUAGCUUUUUACCAUGUUACUGAUACACAACAAGUAGUACAGCCCUUGUGUCGCCUACAUAGCCUAUACAGCAGGCACACUUCCCCUUGCCAUACAUUGUAUCUGUGAUCACUUAUAGCAAAGGAAAGGGCCAGUGCUGCACAGACAAAUAGGAAGUCACCCGGCCGGAGCACUAGGAACCGGCACUGGCGGAGUGAUCAGCUGUCUCCCCCGCCGCCAGGCCGGCUCCCACAUGGGCCGCCUCACACCUCUCACCGCAUUACAGGCAGCCAGCUCUCCUCCCCUCCUCCCCGGCUCUGUCCUCCCCCUCCUGCCAAGCGCAGGCGCAGCUCCCACACUCGGCUCUCCUCGGCACGGAUCGGCUAUUUCCGCCUCUUUGUUUUAAACUCCAGCCGGAAUUUUUUUCCUCCUCAUUUUUCUCUCUUCUGUUUUUAACUAAGGGGGGACUCGUUGUGAGUACCGGAGACCCCCCUGCAGCCCCCUCCCCUCCACGGGGCCCUAGCAGCCGCAUAUAUCCCCCCCUCCAUAGCUUUCCCAUCUGCACAGACACACACACCGAGCUUUCUCCUCUUGCCCUGUGUGUCUGUGCUGUGCCCGGUGGAGAAACCCCCUCCAGCAGCGAGCAGCGGCUUCAUCUCCAGAGACACAGCAACUACAGCAGCAGCAGCCUCCCGACAAUAAGAAUUGCAGCAGCAGACACCAAAGAUGCUGACUAGAAAGAUAAAACUCUGGGAUAUCAACGCUCACAUCACAUGUCGUCUGUGCAAUGGGUACCUUAUUGAUGCCACUACUGUGACGGAGUGCUUGCAUACCUUUUGUAGGAGUUGCUUGGUGAAAUAUUUGGAAGAAAAUAACACCUGCCCCACAUGCAGAAUUGUAAUCCAUCAAAGCCACCCUCUACAGUAUAUAGGUCAUGACCGAACAAUGCAAGAUAUCGUUUACAAACUGGUGCCAGGUCUCCAAGAAGCUGAAAUGCGUAAGCAGCGAGAGUUCUACCACAAGCUUGGAAUGGAAGUGCCUGGUGACAUCAAAGCAGAGACCUGUACCGCUAAGCAGCACAUAGAAGCCGUUCGAAAUGGUGAAACAAAACCUGAAGAAAAUACAACAAAAGAAUCAACAGAAGAAAAACAAGAAGAAGAUCAUGACUACCACAGGAGUGACGAACAGGUCAGUAUAUGCUUAGAAUGCAAUAGCAGCAAGUUACGAGGACUCAAGCGAAAAUGGAUACGGUGCUCAGCCCAAGCAACAGUCUUACAUCUAAAGAAGUUCAUAGCCAAAAAACUUAAUCUAUCAUCUUUCAAUGAGUUGGAUAUAUUAUGCAAUGAAGAAAUCCUUGGGAAGGAUCACACGCUUAAAUUUGUUGUAGUUACAAGGUGGAGAUUUAAGAAAGCGCCACUCCUCUUGCAUUACAGGCCGAAAAUGGACCUGCUGUAAAAGAACUGAAUUGUCCUCUUGGGACAAGGUUUUUGCAGAGACUAUCACGGGCACCGGCAUAGUGCACCACAUGACUCAAGGCAUGUGACC